AUGUCGGACAACAUUCAGCGCAGAAGUCAAGACGACGUCCACUCACCAAAUGGACCUCUAGUGCAUCGGUUGUACUCAAAACUGAACCUUUCGCAGCCGGGGCGACGGUGGCAUCCCAGAUCUGAUGUCAAGUUGCUGCCUGCGAAGUACGAAUUGACUGAACCGUCUGAUUUGGUGGUGCUUAUCUCGAGCAUGCUCAAGAAAUUGAUUCAGAUAAACGACAAAAUGUCACUGGGCCAGGGUCAACAAACUAGGUUUCACUCUCGUACUGCGCCCCAAGUUUCCGUGUACAAUUACCUUCAGCGGUUGGCUACGCACGCCAAACUCCCGUCUGCGAUACUUCUCAGCAUGGUCUAUUACAUGGAUCGGCUCUGCAUGUUAUAUCCUGCUUUCACGGUUUCCAGUCUGACGAUUCAUCGAUUCCUAGUUGUCAGUGCAACAGUCGCCAGCAAAGGCCUGAGCGACAGCUUUUGGACCAACAAGACAUACGCUCGAAUAGGCGGAAUCAGCACGAUGGAACUGGGCAUGCUAGAGCUUGAAUUUUUGUUCAGGAUGGAAUGGAAAAUUGUUCCAAAGCCAGAGGUGCUGGUUGACUACUACCGGUAUCUCGUCGAUCGGUGUGAGAGCUUCAAGAUCGAUGAUCCGAGUUCCGACUCUAGCACCGCGUCAGUGUUGAGAUAA